UCCUUUGUACUCUCAUAUAUAGGUGGAAAGAGACAAAACCAGAGUUCCCUGCUGAUUGAUGUGGGGUGAGCCACAAUGAAGAACUUCUGUGCUCCCCGGGUGUCUUCUCUUGCCACUGUCGUUUUUCUCCUGCUAAUUCCUGAAGGUGGCUGUGUAAGAAUCAUUGGAGGAGAUACAGUGGUUCCUCAUUCAAGACCUUACAUGGCCCUACUUAAACUUAGAGGAAAAAGCAUCUGUGCUGGCACUUUGAUUGCAAAAGACUGGGUGUUGACUGCUGCCCAUUGCAAGCCGGGGAAACGUUCUCAGGUCAUCCUUGGAGCUCACUCAAUAGACAAGGAUGAGCCAGAAAAACAGAAAUUAUCCAUUAAGAAAGCAUUUCCCUACCCAUGCUUUGAUGAGGAUACACAUGAGGGUGAUCUGCAACUUUUACAGUUAAAUGGAAAAGCAGCCAUUAACAAAAAUGUGGCAAUCCUUGCCCUGCCUAAAAAGGGAGGUGAUGUGAAACCAGGAACCAGAUGCCGUGUUGCAGGAUGGGGGAAAUUUCAGAAUAAAUCACCUCCCUCUUCUACUCUGAGGGAAGUCAACAUUACUGUCAUAGACAGAAAGAUCUGCAAUGACGAAAAGCACUAUAAUUUUAAUCCUGUAAUUGGACUAAAUAUGAUUUGUGCAGGAAACCUCCAUGGUGGAAAGGACUCGUGCCAAGGAGAUUCUGGAAGCCCUCUGGUGUGUGACGGUAUUUUCCGAGGCAUCACAGCUUUUGGCCUUAAGGGGAAAUGUGGCGAUCCCCGAGGGCCUGGCAUCUAUACCUCUCUCUCAAAGAAACAUCUCAGCUGGGUAAUUAAGACUAUGAAGGGCACCAUUUAGAUGCGUGAAUUUCAUUUCAUCUGCUGUCACUUCUGCAUCUAAUCACAAAUAAAAAUCAACUGAAUGACUGCC